ACACCCAGCCGGCAUAGCGGGGUAACCCGCCGGGGGAGCAAUGGCACGGUCGAUGUCGCUGGGUUUUGCCACUUUUUAUUCGAAAUCGACAGAGUUGUGGUUGAUCACUUUAGCAGGUUGAUUAGCGGGUCGGCGUGGAAGUGGACCGAAGGACACCUGGAUAAAGUUUAACUGUGGAUCAUGUUCAAUAGGAAGCGUUUGAGGGGCUGCAGUGCUGUAAUUCGAAUUUCGUCAUUUAGUCAGCCUCGUAAGAAAUUUACGUUUGUGGUCUGCUGAACUCGGCAAUCGACAGUGUGUAUGCAGGGAUAUAUGAAUAGGUGCAUGUCGAAUUGGAUUAUUGCACACGGGAACGGCAGGGUAACGAAAAUGCAAAACUUGACCAGGGAGGUGGAAACAGAAACUAACACGUAUGAGGCGUGUCCCCCACGGAUCAGGUAGUGCUGGCAGUCGGCGUGCUGGUUUCAGCUGGUGAUUAUUGCGGGGAAGUGCAGUGUGAGAACGCAGCAGGGGAAGACUUUGUCGUGGGAGGAUGAGAAGGUUCCGGCGGCACGGGCAGGAGUCGCACAGGGACAAGCUUAAGCAGGAGCUCUACCAGUUCAACAAGACUGUAGAGCAUGGCUUUCCCCACCAACCCAGCGCUCUGGGGUACAGCCCCAGCCUACAGCUCCUGGCUAUCGGUACUCGCUCUGGCGCCAUCAAGCUAUACGGAGCACCAGGAGUUGAGUUCAUGGGGCUCCACGAUGAGACCGCUGCCGUCACUCAGGUGCACUUUCUCCCAAACUUGGUUGAGCUGGUGACUCUGCUUGAUGACAAUAGUCUGCAUAUGUGGACCCUUCGAGCGCACCACGGUGUCUCGGAGCUGCUGGAGAUCGGCCGCUUCGUGCUGACUGGGCCUCCAGGUGCCCCUCCUAGUGUGACACGGGUGACCGCAGUGCUGGCGCACUCCUCCGGAGAGCUACUCCUCCUGGGCACCGAAGGCGGGCACGUGUUUGUGGUAGAGGUGCCUGGCUUCCGGGAAAUGGAGGACAAGAGCAUCAGCCUGGAGUCCGUGCAGAGCCGAAUUCCGGACGAUUACGUGGGUCGCCGAAACCUGCAGUGUGUGGAGGCUCUUCAGGAGAACCCUCUGAACUCUCGCCAGGUCCUAGUGGGCUACGGCCGUGGCCUCAUUGUAUUAUGGGAUCUGGAUGCAAGACGUGCUGUCCAGCAGUUCCUGGGCACGCAGCAGUUGGAGAGCAUGUGGUGGGUGCCGGACGGAGGUUGUGUUCUCAGUUGUCAUAGUGACGGCAGCUACUGUCAGUGGAAAUUGGGCGAGGAGAAGAUUCAGUACGCGCCCCACAGGACGGAGACCCCUUACGGUUCCUUCCCAUGCAAAGCAAUUUCCAAGAUUGUACAGAUACCAACAGCAAAAGGGCCUCCAUUCUUAAUCUUCAGUGGCGGCAUGCCCCGGGCCAGCUACGGUGACCGUCACUGCAUAUCAGUCAUCAGUGGCAAGACCCACGUGGCACUGGAUUUCACGUCACGCAUCAUUGACUUCUUCGUCAUUCAGGACUGGGACCGCCACAAAGGCGACCCGAGCGCGCUGGUGGUCCUGGCGGAGGAGGAGCUGGUGGUGGUGGACCUGCUGUCGGCCGGCUGGCCGGUGAUGCAGGCGCCCUACCUGGCUCCGCUGCACUGCUCGGCCAUCACCUGCUCCCACCACGUCUCCAGCAUCCCCCUAAAGCUGUGGGAGCGCGUGCGGGCCGUAGGCCAGCUGCAGAACACGCAGUACUCAAACCAGCCGUGGCCAUUGAACGGAGGGCAGAACCUGGCCCCGGACCCCCCCCAGCGGGACCUGCUGCUCACAGGUCAUGAAGAUGGUACGGUCCGUUUCUGGGACGCCUCAGGGGUUUGCCUGUACCCCAUGUACAAACUGAGCACCUCUAGUGUCUUUCACACUGACACCGACCCCAAUGACAACAUGAAUCAGGGAAGCGAGGGAGAGUGGCCACCCUUCCGUAAGGUGGGCUGCUUUGAUCCCUACAGCGAUGACCCCCGGCUGGGGAUACAGAAGAUACACUUGUGCAAAUACAGUGGACACCUGGCCGUCGCAGGCACUGCGGGACAAAUUCUGGUGCUGGAGCUGAAUGACGAGGCCCUGGAGCAGGCCGUGGAGGUCAGCCUGGUGGACCUGCUACUGGGCCAGGAGGGCUUCCGCUGGAAGGGCCACACCCGACUGGAGGAGAGGGAAGAGCCGGUGAAUUUCUCUCCAGGCUUCCAGCCCUUCGCUCUGGUGCAGUGUCAGCCGCCCGCCGUGGUCACGGCCCUCAACUUGCACUCGGAGUGGAAGCUGGUGGCCUUCGGCACGAGCCAUGGAUUCGGCCUGUAUGACUACCAGCAGAGGAACGUCGUCCUGAUCAGGUGCACGCUGAGCCCCAGUGACCAGCUCGCCAUGGAGGGCCCGCUGUCGCGCGUAAAGUCCAUUAAGAAGUCUCUGCGCCAGUCUUUCCGCCGCAUCCGUCGCAGCCGGGUUUCUGUACGCAAGCAGCAUACCAACAACCCCGCAAAGCUACAGGAGAUAAAUGCUCGUAUGGAGGCAGAAGCUCUCCAAGAGAUGGAGCUGGCCCCGGUGCAGCGGAAGAUCGAGGCGCGCUCCUCUGACGACUCCUUCACAGGCCUGGUCCGCACUCUGUACUUCGCAGACACAUUCCUCAGCGACAGUACCCAUAGGACGGCAUCGCUGUGGGCGGGUACGAAUGGUGGCUCAGUCUUCGCCUAUGCCCUGCGCUUGCCCUCCAUCGAGCGCCGUAAUGAAGACGUCGUAACGGCUCACCCUGUCAAGGAGAUACAGCUGAUGCACCGUGCCCCUGUGGUGGGCCUGGUAGUGCUGGAUGGCCGUGGGGCUCCACUCCCGGAGCCCCUUGAGGUAGCCCAUGACCUGGCCCGUAGCCCAGACAUGCAGGGCUCCCACCACCUGCUGGUGAUUUCUGAAGAGCAGUUCAAGGUGUUCACACUACCAAAGGUGAGCUCCAAGACGAAGCUGAAGCUGACGGCAGUGGAGGGCUCGCGGGUCCGGCGAGUUGGCUUGGCCUGGUUUGGCAGCAGCCAGACGGAGGAAUAUGGGGAGAGUGGGCUGGUGGUGCUGACCAACCUGGGGGAGCUGCACGUGCUGUCGCUGCCCCACAUCAAGAUGCAGGUGCACUAUUCCUGCAUCCGCCGGGAGGACAUCAGCGGAAUCGCCUCCUGCGUCUUCACGAAGCACGGCCAAGGGUUCUACCUGAUCUCUCCCUCUGAGUUCGAGCGGUUCUCCUUGUCCGCUCGCUGGAUUGUGGAACCCAAGUGCCUGGUGGAGGUACCUCUCCCUCCAUCCACCUCCUCAGCCUCUCCCACCGCAUACAGGACGCAGCCCGAUGGGAUGGCCGUCAAGCAUCGAAAAGACAAUGAAGAAUCUGAAAGUUCCGCCAAGCGUGUCAUGGAGCAUGCCUUGCUGAAUGAUGAGACUGUGCUCCAGCAGAUCCAGAAAGCAUUAGAAGGAGAUCAGACGACACAUGUUGAAAACAACAUGAAAAUCAAGCCAAGAAGAGGCAAUGUGAUGAGCAAUGGAGACUGAGCCCCUCAUUGCUGUGCCUGAAAUACCUUGGAAUCCACCAGCACCGCUUCUGGUAGCAAUGACACUACUACUGCUAACAAGACCACUACUGAAGCCUGACCCCCGGCCCAGGAAGGGCACCACUGACGCACUGCUACUGAGUAGGGAGGAAGGGCAGAAGGGAGUGCCGCACGUGCCUCAGCCAUCCGCUGUCUCUCCGCCAGCCUUCCUUCCGUAUGCGCCCAGCUGCCCAGUCCCCCAUGAAGCUCGCUCCUUGGCCCCUGACACCAACCAGCAAAACUCAAACCUAACACCUUGCCUUACCUUUGACAGUAAGCGGGGAAUGCUUAAAAAUGUCUUUAGUCUGACGGAAGAGUGCCGGGUCGAAGAGCCUCUUUUUAAAUCUUUUUAUAUUUAAUUAGACUUUGGUUUUUCUAUUUAAGGUAAAUCACAUUGACUCUGAACCUCUUAUUUGUACCGGUUAAAGGAACACAGUAACACUAUUUUAGGAGGGCUUGUAUAAGGCACUAAUUAAGUGCUACUAAUCAGUUCUUUAUUGGCAUCUAAUAAGGGCGUGUUGGGAACAUAAUUUUUUUUUUUAUACAUUGUUUGUUUGCUAAUUCAGCAUUUUGAAGAUAUGCUGUUUUUAUGCUUUUUUUGGCAAGUUAUCCGUUACUGUUUGGACAAUAAUUGCUGAGAGGUUGAGUCUGUGAAGAGUGUGUGUGUGUGUGUGUGUGUGUGUGUGUGUGUGUGUGUGUUUGCUUGUUUGUUUGUUUGUUUGUUUGUUUUCCCACCCCUGUUUUCCUAGAGGACUGACAACUAACUCCAGUAUUUCUCACUGAAACCAUUUAGAAAUGGUAUCAAUAAUGUAUUUUGUCCCUCAUUCUGACAUUUAAAUAAACAUGGUCACCAUAGUAAUGAGCAAGCGGAGUGUAUGUUCAGUUUGGUUGAGCUUGGAUGCACGUGGCUUUGAAUUGUGUAGUGUGAUAGGCGUUUGUGUAAUGAAUGACUUGAAUGAAUGACUUGGGAAAAUAGGUGAAACUCUUGAACAAUAUAAAAUAAGAAUACUGGAAUUAAGUGUGGAGCAAUUGAUGAAUUGAGCUGCUAAGUGAGAUCCAGUAUACUUAAAAUACAAAUGCUCGAUUCAGCUGCAGAAAGACUUGUCUUAAUUUACAUACAAAAUUAGCUUGUGUCUCGCAUAAUGUAUCCCCUACUCAUGAGUCCUUUAUGCAGUAGUGAAUGUGUUUAAGUUUCCCAACAACCGCUUAUCUGCCAAUGUAGUUGCCAUUCAGCACCAAAUUAGUCCAUUAUACUUUGCCGCUUAAAAAGGUGUCGCCAAAGUAGAAGAAUUGCGGUUUAUAUUGAAGUCUAACACUUGCAUUGAAAGCAAUGUUAUUGGAAAUGUGCAGGCCCACCUGUAGACUACAAAGCAUCAUUGACCUGUGCGGUGCAUAUGACAUUAAAGGAAAUAAGAAUGCUUUUGAACUGCAUUUACACAACCCCCCGACAAUGUCAGCCGCCUUGCUGUCAUUGUCUUGGCACAUGUAGUUAAAGGGGACAUUUUAUUGAUGUUAAUUAUUAGGUACUUUUUCCACUGCUGUGUAGCACAUUUUGUACUUUUUGAGAUGAACAGCUUUUUACAGGGUCUUUCAUUUUUGUAUGUAAACAAUGACAAAUGUAAUUUAGGAAUGUAAUUUUAAGAUAUUGUAGUGAAAUGUUUAAUAUAUAUGUAUAAUGAAAAUCCAUACUUGUUUUUAUAGAGGUUUGAGGGGAAGGGGUUGGCUGCUAUAUCUUGCAAGGAAAUAUUUUGGUACCAACUCCCAAAUGCUGGGUAUUUUUAGAUUAGUUUAUAUUUUUGUAGUGAUUCAAUGAGUAUGAGAACUCUAAUAUGAUGUGUAACUUCACACUACAGUAUGUCCUGCUGCAAGAGUAAAUCAUUUUUCACAAGAA